AUGUCGCCACUUCAACCACCCAUCACACCCCUUGUUGCUCUGGUGUCCUUGCUCCUUCUCAUCCCAUGGGAUACAACACCAAAGUGGGGUGAGGCCCUUCAAUUGGGUGGGGCGGGUAGUCGAUCCAACUCGAGAACAGAGGUGACCACAAGCGCUUAUCCCAGUUAUCCCACAGAAGGGGGUCACACUUACGUCGAGAACACAACGGGAGCACCAAUAUGGGAGGGCAAUCCCACCGAGUACACCAUUGGGGGCGUGCUCAGUGGCUUGGAAGGCGUGGAACACUACUUCACACAAAUACUCUCGGAUGUGGAACGCUUGAAGCUAAACAAUUUGGUGAGUCUCAACUAUGCCACUCAAACCAUGGAUUCCAACCCAAUCCGAACUGCCAUCAAUGUUUGCAGCCAACUCAUCAAAAGAAAGGUUUAUGCCAUUGUGGUGUCCAAGCCCAAAUCCGGGGAUCUAUCCCCCGCCUCUGUAUCGUACACAGCGGGCUUUUAUCACAUUCCCGUCAUUGGGAUCAGUUCCAGAGACAGCGCCUUUUCAGACAAGAAUAUCCAUGUGUCGUUUCUCCGGACCGUUCCUCCGUACAGUCAUCAAGCUGAUGUGUGGGUGGAAAUGCUCAAGAUCUUCAAAUAUCGUCAGCUCGUAUUCAUUCAUUCAUCGGACACGGACGGCCGUGCGUUGUUGGGGCGUUUCCAAACCAAGACCCAAGACCUCCAAGCCGAAGAUCAGGAGGUCAAGGUGCAGGUCGAGAAAAUCGAGGAAUUUGAACCCGGCAAGUCAUCCUACUACGACACACUAAGCACCAUCAAGGAAUGCCAAGCCCGAGUGUACUUUCUUUAUGCCAGCACGGAGGACGCAGACCAAAUAUUUCGUGAUGCCACCAACCUGAACAUGACCGGCGAAGGCUACGUUUGGAUUGUGACUGAGCAGGCUCUACUUUCGCAGACCAUUCCUAGUGGCACAUUGGGACUUCAGUUGGUCAGCUCUGAGGGCGAGCGAGGACAUAUUAGUGAUUCUCUGAACAUCUUGGCGCAAGCCUUGGAGAACCUGCACAAGAACGAGAAUGUCACCGAGGCUCCGGGCAAUUGCAACAAGUCCGGAAACGUUUGGGAAUCGGGUCGGAAGUUCUUCGAGUAUAUCCGGAAGCAAAUUUUAGCCGCGGGUGUCACCGGUCGAGUGGCUUUUGAUGAUAUGGGAGACCGCCUGUUUGCCGAAUACAAGGUCAUCAACGUGCAAGCCGAUCACCGCAACAACUUUCCCAAAGGAGUCAAAGUGGGUAAUUACAAGUACUCGGAGAUGAGCAGCAAGAUGCAUUUGGAAAUCAAUGAGGACGCGAUCAUUUGGCCGGGUGGACUCACUCAAAAACCCACGGGCCUGAUGAUCCCCACGCAUUUGAAAGUGGUCACCAUCUUUGAAAAGCCCUUCGUGUACACACGCAAGCUCAAUGUCAGUUCCACGGAAGUCUUCCACAAUCUCCGUCAAAUGGAGACGGCCAAUAGUUAUUCGUCGAGUAAUAGUUUUAGCAACAAUUUCAAUAAACAAGAUGUCGCUAGUGGUAGCAGUAGUAAUAAUAACAACAACAACCACGGGAAUGGAAUGAAAGUUUCGUGGAGUGAUUUCGCAGACCUUGGCCUGGAUAAGGCCAAAGUUGACUCGAGCAGCACGGCCAAGCCUCCGCCUGAGAUGGCCAAUAGUGAUAAAAGUGGCGGCGGUCAAGGCCAAACCGCGAGUGCUCCAAGUGAUAUUUCAAAGCCAAGCCGGAAAUUGCCAGAAAAUGCCUGUGAUCCCACAUAUGGGGAGGUCCCAUGUCCCGCCUACAACAAGCACUGGAACGAAGAUGAUCCAGAUUCCAAAACGUACACGGAGGAGAUGUAUUGCUGUCGUGGAUAUUGCAUUGAUCUCCUUCAUUUGCUGUCCAGCCACUCCAACUUUACCUUCAGCCUUCAUUUGGCACAAGAUGAGUAUGGAACCUUGGAGAGGAACAAUCUAACGGGGAAGCAAGAAUGGACCGGUCUCAUGGGUGAGCUCGUAGGUGAACGAGCUGAUAUGAUCGUGGCUCCAUUGACCAUCAAUCCUGAGCGUGCUCAAGUGAUCGAGUUCAGCAAGCCCUUCAAAUAUCAAGGCAUCACCAUUCUUCAAAAAAGACAACCUCGAGCCUCGCAAUUGGUCUCGUUCUUGCAACCCUUCAAGUACACCCUGUGGGUGUUGGUGCUGGUCUCUGUCCACGUGGUGGCACUCUGUCUGUAUCUACUGGAUCGAUUCUCGCCUUUCGGUCACCUGGGAUCUCCAUCCAGAGGCCACUCGGAUGAGCACCGAGCGGUGGAAUUACUCCAGAGGGAAGAGUCGCUCAAUUUCACUUCGGCCAUAUGGUUCGCAUGGGGAGUGCUGCUCAAUUCCGGAAUUGGGGAAGGCACACCUCGAAGUUUCUCUGCCCGUGUCUUGGGCAUGGUGUGGGCCGGUUUCGCCAUGAUCAUCGUUGCUUCCUAUACUGCCAAUUUGGCCGCCUUUUUGGUGUUGGACAAGCCCAGGACCAGCCUCACUGGGAUCAACGAUCCGAGGCUGCGGAAUCCAAUGGAAAACUUUACUUACGCCACGGUGAAGGGUUCUGCCGUGGAUCUGUAUUUCCGUCGACAAGUGGAGUUGUCCAAUAUGUACCGAACCAUGGAGGGCAAGCAUUUCCCAAGUCCAGAGAAGGCAAUUCAGGCUGUGAAAGAAGGCAAACUCCAUGCCUUCAUCUGGGACAGUUCUCGUUUGGAGUUCGAGGCUGCCCAUGACUGUGAUCUUAUUACUGCUGGUGAUCUCUUCGGGAGGAGUGGCUAUGGGGUGGGGCUUCAAAAAGGCUCGCCUUGGGCUGACAAAGUUACGUUAGCCAUUCUACACUUUCACGAGAGCGGAAAAAUGGAGGAAUUGGACAACAAAUGGAUCCUGCUCAAUAACAACGCCAUGCAGUGCCACGAGAAGGACGACAAUUCACCCGCCACUCUCGGCCUCAAGAAUAUGAGGGGCGUGUUCAUCUUGGUGGGUGUGGGUAUUGCUGGCGGCUUGGGGCUCAUUGUGAUAGAAAUCGUCUACAAAAAACACCAGAUGAGGAAACAAAAGCGCCAUGCUAUCGCACGUACUGCCAUCUAUCGUUGGAAAAGUAACAUACAGAAGAGACGUGUCACCAGACACACCAAACAUUUUCGCGCCAAUGGCGUUCGGGCCAGUGUGGCCAGUGAUUUCACGGAGACCACCCCGGAUUCCAUAGCUACCAUUUCCGUGGGAUCCUUGCCACAUCGAGACCUGUAUCCCGACGACUCCACAUGGAGACUGGCUAUGGAAGCUCGUAUUCCAAUCGCCAGCCACAGCGUAACCAGAGGAGAUUACCGCCAAAAUAUCGGCACCACCACCUCUUUACAACGUCCCAAGUCAGCUCAACCGGUGCGCCACUAUCGAAGUCAAGAGCAACUAAACGAGAGCUACACACCAAAGAGUCCUAUUCUUCCCACCCGCCGGAGCGCCCCCCGGCUCCAGGAGCUCAACUCCAGUCCAAUCAAACGAGGCUGCACUCAGCAUCCUCCUAGUCACUUCUUGCCCAAGCACGGUCUGGCCCCCUUGCCGGCCGAGCCUUUGAAUACCGGCCCCAUUCGCCAUGUGCGGGCCCCGAAAUCCCCGUUGGUGGGGGAACCGCAUCACAUUUACCUCCAGCCUCCUCCACACUAUGGUGCCCUGGCCAAAUCACCGUCCUCGUCGGAUUCUUCCAAGAAAAAACUAAAUGCCGUGGUGAUGAUCCAGCCACCAGCUAAGGGCUCCAAACUUAGUCUGACUGGUGGUCGGAAAAAGCCGAAGAGUUUAUGGCCUAUGGAUAAAUCCAAACAAGUGCCAAAGUUACCCGAACCCAGAGCUGGAUUGAGAGAAGAGGAUUUCUUGUCUAGUCCAGAGUAUCCAACCGUGACUUUGGACUUGACGGUAGGGCCGGAAUUUGAAGGAGAGCUGCGACAUCGAGGUAUUCCCAAACCACCUCCUCCACCCAAAUUGUAUUGGCAAAACAAACGGCAACACCCGGGCGGGAAACCAGCUCACAAGAAGAAGCAACAUCACUUUUAUGACCCCUAUGCGGGCGAUUAUGCCGGAAGCAAUGUCUCCAUGUACAGUGGCACUUCUCGAACCAGCAAAGGCCAUCGAUAUUCCUUUGAAGACAGUGACGUUUGAAGCACUCUGGAGCCGUCUCAAAUUGGCAAAUUGGCCAGAAGCUCUCUUUUUCGGAGAAAGGUAUUGGUGCUACGUCAUGCAUGAAGCUCUGCUCCAAAUUCAGAUUCGUGGAAGAUGUAUCCAGAAUGAGGCCAAAUCUUGUCUAAUCGUAGGAGGGCCCCAAAUCGGAUCUAGUUGAUCUAUUUUGUAGGAAAAAAGAUAUGGAGAACAGCAUGAUCAAUGUGAUUUUCAGAUAUGAUUGUCCAAUCUGCUUUAUAUACAAUAAAACAGCACACAAUAAACUUG